GUGAUCUGUAAAAAAAUUCUAUUCUUCCUUCAAACAGGCCUCGUGGACGAAGCUUGGCCACGUUUCUUGCUAAAACUUUAAAAAUAACCAGUGAAUUGUUCUAAUUAGUUUAAAAAAUUAGUGGAAACAGUUACUUUGCUGAUAAUAAAUGCAGAACUGUAUUAAAAGUGCUGAAAAUGGAUAAAACGCUUUAUUAUUCCCAUCCAACGUAUGAACUGGUGUUAAAUCUGCAGCGAGUGGGCCAAGAGCUAAUAACUCUGCUAGAUCUUCCCGAACAGUUCGCAUGCGAACACUGCUUCCUACCAAAAUGUAUAUGUCAAAAAACUGACACCCAAACCAACAGAAACCAAUCGGAGAGAAGUAACACUGAAAGUACAAGCAAUAAUGAAGCUUGCACUAAUAAAAUUAAAGUUCAAGUUUCCCCAACAGCGGAUGUUUUGCCGAAGUCAAAAGGCCGAAGUCCAGCUCCUACAACAGAGAAGUUAUCCGACAUUCAAGACAAAGGAACUCUAAUGGUUGAAGGCCAUACAAACCCAAGAAACUCUCUAGCUAUCAUUGAAAGUGUUAGACCAGCUAAUUUGCCGAUAAAAACUCUUCAAAGAUCAUGUAUCAUGAAUAGUAAUUCUAGCUUUAUGAAUAGUUCACCGCCAAACCUGUUGAAUAGUUCAUCUCUUUUGAAUAGUUCGAAUAGUUUGUAUGGAAUGAAUCUUUCGAAUAUUCCAAACGUAAGUUCCUUGAAUAGUACAACGGGACCAUUUUGGGGAUAUUCCAAGCAAAAAAAUAAUACGAACGUAGUAUACAAUACGUCUGCAAAAUUAAAUUCAAGCAACCAACACUUCAAGGAUUACUAUUCUUAUUUUUCUAAAGUAUAGUAGGUAUGUAACUAUACAAUAUAAAGUUUUGACUAACGCGAAAGGGCACAUAACACAAGUCUUUCUAAUAAAAAUAAUAACUUGUGGCUGGUUUCAUACAUUUUGUAUGGAUCUGAUUUUAUUAUAAUAAUAUCCUAAAAUAUUUAACAUGAAAUGUAAGAAAACAAUUACAAGUCAUUGAAAGAUAAUGCGUUUUGUCAACUACUUUAGUAUAAGUCGUACCUACCUACUACAAUUUAGAAGGCUUUGUGAUUUUCUAUAAAAAUCAGUUCUAGAAAUUUAUUUAGUAGGUCUGUAAGAUUUUUCAGUUAUAUUUUAUAGGAUAAAUACUAGAUAAAUAUUUAUAAUUUAAAAGAUAUAACAAAAAGAUUAAAAAUAUAUAUAAAAUAAGGAAAAAGAAAAAGAUAGAAAAAAUAUAUAAGUAGUUGAUAAUAUUAUUUGUAGUAACGGAUAUGUAGGUAAUAAAUAGGUGCAAUGCAUUUAUUUCUUUACAAGAUUUUGCUUCAGUCAUAAUAUUAUUAAAUGUAUGAUCUGCAUGCAUUGUUACUAUUAAUAAAUGUAUUAUAUACAUUCUUAAACUAGAAUUAUUAGGUACGAUAGCGAAGCAAUUACUUAAUAUUAAUUCUAGAGAUUUUUUAUAUUAUUUUUGUGAUUUUUUUCAACGAAGUAUGUUAGAUAAAACGUGUUAAAAGUAAAACAGAGUAAAAUUAAGCAAGUAACAUUUUUUUCUAGAAAAAUAUUAUAUUUUUAUACUUAGAUUUAAUUUGGUAACUGUUUGGCUUUACUCCAUUACCAUGUCACUUCAUACUUACGUUGCUCCAAAGUGUAAUAUUAUUGUAUUGUAAUAGUACUCUUUAGUGAUAUACCUACCUACUUCUAUAGAUAAUAAAUUAAAGCAGUUCUCAUU